UGGUUAGAGCCAAUGUUUUUUGCCAAGCUGGAGGCGGGGACAAACCCUGCUUAUAUUGAGCUCCACUCUCAAGGAGUUCUGCAGACAGCACAGAGUACACAGCCAAGCACUGAAGAGCGGGGUUUGCUUGGUGCCGGCUGUGCAGCAACAAGGAAGAAGCGCAGUCUUCACAAGGGCACUCUAGCCUGGAGGACCGUCGCCUCUGAGAACGAGCGUUUGCCCAAAGGCUGCCCCGGCUGAUCCUCCAGCUGGUGACGGUGCAGUGGGAGCAGAGCACCUUUGCCCCCUGCUCUGGCCGAUAGAUAGCAAGAGGGAGCGAAGGUGCAUGAGCCUGACCGGAGAGAGAGGAAAUCCAGGCAAAGGAGAUUCGAACAGCAUGGAUCCUGAGGUGCCGGAGAAGCCGGAGGAGCCGGACGAUUGCUGGAAGUUCUCCGUCUUGUACCUGUGCUUCUAUGGGUUCAUGGCUCAGGUUAAGCCAGCGGAGAGCUUCAUCACUCCUUACCUCCUGGGACCAGACAAGAACUUCACCAGGGAGCAGGUCACCAACGAGAUAACGCCGGUGCUGUCGUACUCCUACAUGUCGGUGCUGGUGCCCAUAUUCUUGAUGACAGACUACCUCCGCUACAAGCCGGUGCUCAUCCUGCAGAGUGUCAGCCAUGUGGCCAUCUGUCUGCUGCUGCUCUUCGGAUCCACCGUGCUGCAGAUGCAGUUCAUGGAGUUCUUCUAUGGGAUCACCAUGGCGGCCCGCAUUGCCUACUCCUCCUACAUCUUCACCUUGGUCACGCCCAAGUCGUACCAGAAGGUCGCCAGCUACUCGCGCUCCUCUGUCCUCCUGGGCGUUUUUGUCAGCUCGGUGCUGGGCCAGCUCUUCGUCUCGCUGGGGGACAUGGCCUUCUGCACCUUGAACUACAUCUCCCUGGGGUUCGUGACCUUCGCCUUCACCCUCACCCUCUUCCUCAAGAGGCCCAAACGGACCAUGUUCUUCAACAGGAGGGCCCUGGAGGCCAACAGAGCAGUCAUGUAUGAGGUGGAUGCCAUGCAGCCGACUUCUAUCACGCUGGUUAGCCAGAAGCCCAAGGCCCCUCGGAGAUGGGACUGGCGGCAGACGGCUCUGGUGAAAAUGAUGGUGGAGCUCAAAAAUACCGUCCGAUCUCCACGGUUGAAGUUGUGGUCCAUCUGGUGGGUUUUUAACUCUACUGGCUAUUACUUGGUGGUCUACUAUGUACAGAUCCUCUGGGACAACAUCUCUCCAUCCAGAGAAAACAGGGGCAUCUACAAUGGAGGUGUGGAUGCAGUUGCAACACUACUUGGUGCCAUUGCAUCUUUCUCCGCCGGGCACGUGACUCUGCGCUGGUCGCUGUAUGCGGAGCUGGUGAUCUUCAUCAUCACAGCGUUGCAAGCCGGGCUCCUCUUCCUCAUGAACACCACCAGCAACAUUUGGAUCUGUUACAUGGGCUUUGUCUUGUUCCGAAGCAGCCACCAGCUCCUGGUUCCCAUUGCAAUUUUUCAGAUUGCUGCAUCAUUGAGCAAAGAGCUCUGUGCCCUGGUGUUCGGUCUCAACACAUUUCUGGCCACCAUCUUAAAAACCAUCAUCACCCUCAUCAUUGCGGACAAGCGUGGGCUGGGACUACACGUAAACAACCAGUUCUUCUUUUACAUCGGCUACUUCUCGCUGCUCGCAGUCGUCUAUCUUGUGAGGGGACUCUACGUUUUUGGCUCCUACUACCGGGAGAAAAAAGCCCUACAGAAGGCGGAGGCGGCGGAGGAUCCAGCGACGGAGCUCAAUCAGACAGAGGACCACACGGCAGCAACACCCCCAAAGGCAUGAAGCGGAGAUGGCCAUCGUGGGUUGGUGGUGGUGGGGUGGGAAGGGGACUAUUUCUUGUGCCUUAAAGUAAUAUCACGGCAGGGGCAACAAAGCAAGAGUUUUUGUUGGGAGGGGUGGAGUGUUUCUUUACUAGAACAAGAGAGAACAAUUGUGUACGACAACACGGCAGCUUGGUCACAUUCCCAUUUUGAAUGUUUGAACAUCGAGAGCGCACAGGAAGAUCCCAAGAGACCGACUUACUCCACACGGAAACACGAUCAGUGCAGAGACGUCGCCGAUCGCUGAGGCAAUGGGGUCUGUGCGGAGGGGAGUGUGUGGCUUACUCUUGUGGCAGAGAAACGUUUCACAAGGGCCUUCAGCUUCUGCCCUGCACGCCCCACCCCCAAUCGACCGACCUACCGAGCGACCGACCGACCUACGCCAGGUUUGCCAAGUCAUUGUUCGGAUCUGAACAGGACAGCCCGUCCCUGGCUUCUUGCCACUGACAAUAUGCAAGCCAAGAGUGCAAUGAGACAUUAAGUGAGUAUGGAAGUGCAAUGAAAUGGAGGCAGGGAACACAAUGAGUUGGAUUACAAUUAAUCUGAAAAAACAUUUGCCUCUCGAUGUGAAGACCUGCCGAUUACUGCGGUUACUUCACUUACGAAGGGCAAUAAUUUCAAGAUGAUGCACUUUAACAUGUAAAAGAAAGGUUAAUCUUUGUGCCGUUAAUCCUGGCAGUCCUCUCCAUGGGCGUCCUCCUCUUCUUGAGCUGACUGUGUCCAGUUUUCCCUCCUAACCCUGGCUGGUAAAGGGGUGCUGGGCGUGACUGACCACAGACAAACAGCAGGAGAUCUCCAGCUGAAUUCGGGCAGAUCAGUCUGAUCCAAGUGCUCUUUCUCCCCCAACAUCUGAGGUGCUGUGUGUGUGUGCGUGCACACGUGUGUGUGUGUGUGUGUGUGUGUGUGUGUUUUGUUGAGCACAGAACCAUCCUAAAAGCUCAGAUUUACUUGUUCUGCAAAAAGGUGAAGUCAGUCCAAUUCCCCAGUUGGCAAUCUCGCCAGCGAGAAACAGAAAGAAUAAAACAUAGCACAUGAUCCACUUCCAAGCUCAAUUUGGAGUGAAGACCAAGUUGUUUGCACAGUAGCUUGUUCCAAUCAUAAUACCGUGGCUACUGUUAAAACAUCACUCCAGCUUGGUGAGUAAGAUGCCGAUGAAGUUUGAUUAGCUAUUGUUCAUGAACAGAGUAUUAUAAUAUCGUAUCUGCACUUUUGAAAUGAAUCCAUUUCCAUCAGCACUUUUGAACUUCAGACACCUCUCAUCCAUGAUUUUCCGGAUGGUAUGCCAGCCAGCAAAUUAUUGUAACUUAAUGAAA